GAUUCACGUUUCUCCUACUCUUUCUAUAUUUACCCCCCGAAUUCCGGACUUUCUCCGAACCUUCUCCCAUUCUUCCAUCCCACUCUAAAUUCUCCGUGCUCACCUCGGCGAUGUGAUUCUUGUUAUUGCCGUCCAGGAUUUGGGUUUCGUGUUUGUUUGUGGAAGUGUUCGGUUAGGGUUUCAGAGAACUAGGUUUUAGUUUUUUUUAAUUGUUUUUGGUUUUGGUGAUGUUGAUGAUGAUGGAAGAGGAUGAUCAUAAUUUGCGGUUCCUUGGUUGGGAGUUCGAUGGCGCUGACGGUGGCGAUGACCAUAUCGAUCUUGGAGAGUUGUGCGACAUGCUUGAUGAGAAGGCUGAUCCUAUGCAGAUUAAUCAAGAUGAAGAUUCAUCAGUUAGAAAAUCUCCAAUCGAUGAUUCAUCUCCUGACUCUUUCCAGUUUAAUAGUGAGUUUCAGGAGAUGGAAGGGGAAUUUCAUUCAGAAGUUUUAGAUGCUAGGCCAACGCCUGUGGGUGGUUCAGUUGAUUAUCAUGAGAAAUUGGAAGACUCUGCACAGAAUGGGCCUCCUGUUCAUAAUUCCUCUGUGAGUUUAGAUCACUGGCUUCCAGUGAAUCAAGGGACUUUCCAUGGCAUGCCCAGUUAUAGAGCAUACAGUUUUGCUGAAGGAGAUUUCAAGCCCUUCUUGGAUCACUCUGGUAAUUCUAACUUUGAUACCCCGGGGAGUGGAACUGAAAGUCAGUUCUUGCAUGUGGCAGAGAAUCUUGAAUCCAGAGAUGGUUUGGAUUCCACUGUAGUGGAGGCUGCAGAUGUAAAAGCUGGUACCUUUAGUGUCUUUAAUGCCCCAGAAAUUUCUGAUUAUACUGAUUCAACUUUUUGUCAUGGUUCUGAUAUUAUUGAUGGCAUUAAUGACUCUUACUUGGCCCUUCCUGUUGGGUCUUCACUUGAGGCUCCAAUGUUUGAUUUGUGUGAUGUAAAGGGACGACAUUCAGAAUGUGAAGGUAGCAAUCAUGUCUCACUGGUUUCUGGAAAUUUCUUUGAUGAUUAUGAUAAUCUCCUUGUUGAUGACAAAGGAUUGGUGCAGCCAUUUCAUCAUACCCAGUCCUGCAUUUUAAGCAAGAACCAUUUGGAUGAGGUUGAUUGUAGAGAGUCUACUAACAGGACUGGUGAUAUUUGUUCUGUCAAUGGAGAUUCAAAGCAAUCUUUAUUCAGCAUUUCACCUUUUAUUAAUGGCAAGGAUGAGAAAAAUGAUAUUUUGUCCGACUCUAAGAGGGUUUAUCCUUAUCAAGAUCCUAUUGUUGGGAAUUGCAGUAGUCUCUCUUCCAGCAGCGGUGAGUAUCUGAAUUUAACUUCCUUGGAGAUAGGUCUUCCUGGCACUCAUACAUUGAUAAAUCAGAUGAGCGUGGAUCUUGCAAAAAUGAUUCCUGAUAGUCUCUCUUCCAGCUGUGGUGGACCUUUGAAUUUAACUACCUUAGAGAAAGGUUUUUCCAGCACUUGUAGAUUUACUUCUAGUGAGAUGAUGCAGUUAGGUUACAUUAAUGAGGGAAAGGAGAGUAAAUUGAUGAAUCAGGUGGUCAUGGAUCCUUCAAAAGUGAGUCCAGAAUCAAUUCAUAGCAGUUUAUCAGAUUGCAGAUCCCAUGAAGAUGAUGGCCCUGAUUUAUAUAUUCUUGAAGACUUCAGUCAACCUGCCUCCUCAAAUCAAUCUACAUUGCCUGGAAAAAAGCGCACUACUUUGCAACAUUCUGUAAGUUCUGGGCCAAAGGCAAUUUUUAGGUGUGCAAUUCAGGACCUUUCUCAACCAAAGUCAGAAGCUAGUCCACCAGAUGGUGUACUGGCAGUACCUCUCCUGAGACAUCAGCGUAUUGCUUUGUCAUGGAUGAUCCAGAAGGAGACAGCUAACGGGCUCUGUUCAGGAGGAAUUCUUGCAGACGAUCAGGGAUUGGGAAAAACCAUUUCAACUAUUGCACUAAUUCUUAAGGAGAGGCCUCCAUCCCUCAAAGCAUGUCCUGACAAUGUCAAAAAGGUUGAGCCAGAAACUGUCAAUUUGGUUGAUGAUGAUGAGGCUACAGGUAUUGAAGGAAUGAACCAAGAAUCUGGAAAUUGUCAUGUGAAAUCCAGUGGAUGUUUGAGAAGAAGCUCAUUACCUUUGGAGGGGCAAGCAAAGGGAAGGCCAGCUGCUGGAACUCUUGUGGUCUGUCCCACAAGUGUACUGCGUCAAUGGGCUGAUGAGUUGCAAAAUAGGGUAACUAACAAAGCUAAUCUCUCUGUCCUGGUGUAUCAUGGGAGCAAUCGUACGAAGGAUCCUUCUGAGUUGGCCAAGUAUGAUGUUGUCCUUACAACAUAUUCAAUUGUCAGCAUGGAGGUCCCAAAACAGCCUUCUGUUGAUGAAGAUGAUGAUGAGAAAUGCUAUGAAGAUGGUGAUGGUUUUCCAGCCUCAGUUUUUAAAUCAAGCAAAAAAAGGAAGUUCAAACCUACUUAUGAUAAAAAGGGAACGAAGCAUCAGAAACGAGGGGAUGGUUCACUGCUUGAAUCUGUCUCUGGACCACUUGCAAAAGUUGGAUGGUUUAGGGUUAUUCUGGAUGAGGCACAGAGCAUUAAGAAUCACAGAACUCAAGUUGCUAGGGCCUGUUGGGGUCUUCGUGCUAAGCGUAGAUGGUGUUUGUCAGGGACUCCUAUUCAAAAUGCAAUUGAUGACCUUUAUAGCUACUUCAGAUUUCUCAGAUAUGACACUUUGUCUGCUUACAAAUCAUUCCAGGCUGCAAUAAAGUCCCCAAUUACUAAGAAUCCUGCAAGAGGGUAUUUGAAGCUACAAACUAUCUUAAAGACAAUUAUGCUGCGUCGAACCAAAGGAACUAUUCUUGAUGGGGAACCAAUUAUUACUUUGCCUCCCAAAGUGGUAGAACUGAGAAAGGUGGAUUUUACAGAGGAAGAACGGGAUUUCUACUCCAGAUUAGAAAUUGCGUCUCGUGCUCAGUUUAAAGAGUAUGCUGCUGCUGGGACAGUCAAACAAAAUUACGUUAAUAUUUUGCUAAUGCUUUUGCGCCUUCGCCAAGCUUGCGAUCACCCUCUUCUUGUCAAGGGUUUCGAUUCAAACUCUUUAUCGAGAUCCUCAGCUGAAACAGCGAAGAAGCUUCCUCGUGAGAAGCUAACAUCUCUUCUCAGUGGUUUAGAAGCGUCUCUGGCACUCUGUGGUAUCUGUAAUGAUCCACCAGAAGAUGCUGUUGUUGCAGUCUGUGGUCAUGUUUUCUGCUACCAAUGCAUCUCUGAGCAUCUUACUGGUGAUGACAGCCAGUGCCCUACUGUUAAAUGCAAAGUUCGGCUUAGCAUCGCUACUGUGUUUUCAAAAGCCACAUUGAAUAGUUCUCUAUCUGAGCAGUCUGGGGAGAAUAGUUCUGCCUCUGAAGUUGAGUCUUUUAAGCCUUAUUUUGAUGGUAAGUUGCAUGCUUCUUCCAAAAUUAAGGCUGCCCUUGAGGUCUUGCAAUCAUUAACCAAACCACAAGGUCAUACAUCAAGAAUUAGUGGCUGUUUUGAAAACCACUGUCAUCUUCAGUCUGGGGAUUCACAGGAUGGAUUGCCUGACAAACAAAAUGUAGUUGUGGAUAAAUCUUCUGAUGAUCCCAAGAUAAUUGGAGAGAAAGCGAUAGUAUUUUCUCAGUGGACAAGGAUGUUGGAUUUGUUUGAGGCUUGUCUUAAAAGUUCUUCUAUUCAAUAUAGAAGACUUGAUGGAACAAUGUCAGUUGCUGCCAGAGACAAAGCUGUGAAGGAUUUUAACACCCUACCGGAGGUGACUGUCAUAAUUAUGUCUCUGAAAGCGGCUAGCCUUGGGCUGAACAUGGUUGCAGCUUGUCGUGUUCUUUUGCUGGAUCUUUGGUGGAACCCUACAACUGAAGAUCAGGCAAUUGAUAGAGCACAUCGUAUUGGGCAGACUCGUCCUGUUACUGUUUUAAGGUUAACCGUGAAAGAUACAGUUGAGGAUCGUAUUUUAGCCCUUCAGGGUUGCCUGGUGUGUGUGCUUACUUUGUCAGAUAAUUUGCCAACUAUUAUUACUCGGAUGUAUUGUCUGGUUCAAGUGGUGACUGAACUAGUAGCUUGAUUUUACCGCUGUUAUUUAUUCUUUAUGCAUUCUAAUCAACAUUGUUAUUUAGAGUGAAGCGUCAUUGCACCAACGAUUUUUCGUAUUUAAUCAAUGGUGUGAGGCCAGAUUAAAUUUGUUUAUGUAGGAUAGGUUAGACAAUUUGAAUAAUCUAGAGCCUUUUGUUUCCACAGCAUUACUCUUGAACAAACCCAAGUUUAUUGGAUUAUUGGUUUGAGUGAAUAUCUUAAGUGUAUUGGUUUCUUCAUACCAACCUAAUAUUCUAUGUUUUAUUUGUUAACGAGCAUGCCCUUGUGUGUUCUAUUCUGAAUUUCCCCUACAUUUUGUUUGCAGCAAAAGAAGAGAAAGAUGGUUGCUUCUGCAUUUGGAGAGGAUGAAACUGGUGGUCGUCAGACUCGCCUCACUGUGGAAGACUUGGAGGACUUGUUUAUGGCAUAAAAUAUCCAUUCAUAAACCGGUGGUAAUCAGAUUCAUCUCCUGCUAUCUUUGGCAUAUCUUUGGGGAUGAGAGGCAAUGCGAACCCAAAUUUUUUUCUCUUCAGAUUAUUCCUUCUCCAGUUCCUCCCAUCUGGGCAAUAAGUAGAGGUUCAGUCAACAACAUUUCACUAAUAAAAAAUAACCAUGUAUAGGUUCAUUUCAUUCUCACAUUACUGAAACCCUGUGGUUUGGGAAACAAGGCUUUUUCGAAUUUUGACAUUAUGUUAAUAGUCAAGAAAGAACUUGCACCAUCACUUUUUACUUCACAGAAAAAUAUCAGAAAUUUUGUUCGUCACACAAUUCAUGUUGUAUACGAUUGGGGGAAGGUAGUUUAUAGGAAGUAAACAGGUUAGGUGGAAAUUCAUUUUACCAAAGUUGUAUAUGAUAAGAUGUCCUUACGGGGUUUUUCUCCCCUAGUACUAGUUUAAUAGAGAUUCUCAUUGUAGCUUGCUAGUGUGAUAUACAUUGUUCUUUUUUGUCCUCUCGGACCAGUAUUGCAUUGUU